AUGAUCCCAAAACCCAUGAAGAAUCACCAAAUGCCAGACAAUCAUAGGCCUAUAUCACUCCUCAACACCAUGUCUAAAAUAUUCGAAAGAAUAAUUCUACGUAAGCUUAACAUCCACGUAAAAACUAGAUGUGAACAACACGCUUUCCGUACUGGCCACUCUACGAUCACACAGCUUAUCACACUGACCGAUGACCUGAACCAAAGAUCUCAGAAGGGGGAAAAAACUGUAGCCGUCUUCCUAGACGUGGCGAAAGCUUUUGACCGCGUGUGGCACGAAGGACUCAUCCACAAGUUAACACUCUCAAACGUUCCUCACUCACUUAUAGUACUCAUUGAAUCCUUUCUUAAAGGCCGUACUUUCAAAAUCAAAAUAUCUGAUCACCUAUCUACAUCUCGUGACAUAGAAGCGGGUGUCCCUCAGGGGUCAUGUCUAUCACCGCUCUUAUACUCAGUCUACAUAAACGAUUUCCCGACCAUAGGACCAGUCACACUGGCCCUCUUUGCGGACGAUACCCUUCUCUACACGAGCAACCAUAACUACAAAUAUGCAGUAUACAAGCUCCAAAGACAACUGGACAUCACGAACGACUGGCUCACAAAAUGGAGAAUCCAAUUAAACGUAUCCAAAACGGUAGCAGUGAUAUUUGGGCCUCGAUCCCAAAAACAAACCAUGAAGUUAAAAUUACAAAACCAACAUCUCGAAUGGAGCAAUCACGCAAAAUAUCUUGGAGUCACCUUCAACCACGAUCUAAGCUUUGACAAGCAUAUCCAAAAUACCAUCCGAAAGGCUCGCGGUGCCCGGGCUGCACUACAUCCGAUCCUAAACCGAAACAGCACUGUUCCACUGGCUAACAAACUGACAAUAUACAAAAUAUACAUUAAGCCCAUUAUUUUAUAUGCAGCUCCCGUUUGGAGAAACAGAAUUCGCCAAUCAUCUUGGAAACAGAUUGAGAUCUUCCAGUCCGUAUCACUACGUACCAUGACCGGCGCCCACUACCUGGUCUCAAAUCUAAACUUACGGAACUCAAUGUCCAUCGAAACCCUUCAAGACGAAGCACUCCACCUAUCAAAAAACCUUGCUCAUACACUUUCAAGGAGCAAAUAUCCACACUUAUCAUGUCUAGUCCCAUGA